ACGCGGAAAUGAUGCCAUAUUUUUAACGAAGAAAACAAAAUACAACACUGCUUCAUCUAUCCCGAAGAAGGAACUAAAACAAAUAAGGAAAUUAUUGUAGAAUAAAACAACGAAGGAUUUGCUGUUAUUCUGUCAACAAAGUUUAUAAGACAAUCCAAAUAAAUACAUCAAAUUUCAUCAAAAUAACCAUAUUAGCAUAGGAAAUAUAAAAGAUAUAACUUAAAUAAUUAUUCGAAAUAAUGCAAAUAAUUAAACAUUUAAGAAUAUCCAAUAAUUUCAACAUUAAUAUAAAGACAAAUUUCUAGAAGGGUAAAAUGAAAAUUAUAGAAUAAAAAAAGAUUGUUUGUAAACAGAAAAUGCCUGAAAAUUUCGAAUUACAUCAGUUUGUGGAUGGUUUUCGUAAUAAUGAGACCUCCAAACUUUGGCUUACUCGAAUCAAGUCAAAGUUGAACUGUCCAUAUUUGGGCAUUAUAUUAGCCACGCUAUCAUCGUUAUUCUUUUCACUAUGUUCUGUGAUAGUAAAAGGACUAGUUGAUAUUAAUCCUAUGGAGUUAGCAUCAUUUAGAUUUAUUGGCGUUUUAUUACCAGCUAUACCCAUAGUUGUAUAUACCAAACAACCUGUGUUUCCAGAGGGUAAAAGAAUCAUAUUACUAUUAAGAUGUUUUAUGGGGACUACAGGACUUAUGCUUAGUUUCUACGCAUUUCGUCAUAUGCCCUUAGCUGAUGCCAGUGUAAUAAUAUUUUCAACCCCAGUAUUUGUGGCCAUAUUUGCUAGAGUUUUUCUUAAAGAGCAAUGUAGUUUAUUUAAUGUUGUUACUAUUCUUUUAACAUUGGUGGGAGUGGUGCUGAUUACUCGCCCGCCUUUUGUAUUUGGCGAUGCUGCACCUUCUCUCGAAGCCGAAAGAUAUGAAGGAAAAAAAUAUGACAUUUGGGGUCCUGUUGCAGCCAUUUCAUCUACAUUAUUUGGUGCCAACGUUUAUAUACUUUUGAGAGCAUUAAAAGGAUUGCACUUUUCGGUUAUUAUGACAAACUUUGGAGCGUUUGCUUUAAUUUACACACUAGUUGUUUGUGGAUCAAUUGGAGCCGUUUGUUGGCCUGCUUGUGGACGCGACAGAUGGUUGGUAGUCAUUUUAGGUAUUUUUAGUUUUCUUGGACAAAUUCUCUUAACACUCUCUUUACAAAUGGAACAAGCGGGACCUGUGGCUAUAGCUCGUUGUGCCGAUAUCGUAUUUGCCUUUAUAUGGCAAAUAAUAUUCUUUGGUGAGACUCCUACUAUCUAUUCAUUAAUAGGAGCAUUGCUAGUAGUAAGUUCAGUUAUCUUAGCAGCCCUAAAGAAAUGGGCGCUAUCCUUACCCCGAGAAUCUACAGUUCGAAAACGACUGCGUUAUUUGAUUUUUGAGUAAAGAGAUUAAAUAAAUUAAUAUACAUACAUAAAUUAAUUAAGUCUUUAAUAAGAAUAUGAUCAUCGACUUUCAAAUAACUAAAUGCAUUGUGGUUUCUUUUUUCUAAUAUAGUUAUUAUUAGUAUUAUAAUCUCAUUCUCUUCUCUUAAUUCAAAUCAAACUAACUAAUUAAACUAAAUUGAACCGAUAUUUAUUCAUACACACAUAAUAAAUUAAGUAAAUAAAUGAAAUUUCUUUACCAAUUGUUAAGACUUUUUGCAAAGUUGCUCAAAUAAAAAAUCAAAUGCUUAGUAUAGAAAUAGUUAUAAUUUGUAUUCAAUGAAGAAUAAAAAUCUGCAUAUUUGUAUAUCCAGAAUCCUUGCAUUAAAAGAAAUAUUUAUAAAUAAACGUACGUAACCUUGGUAUGUAUGUGUUAACUUAUUUACGUACAUAUCAUCACCCAAAAUGCAACCGGGCGAAAUUUUAUGAAAACUUGCCGAAAAUACCGAGUUCAUUAUAUGUAAGAAAAAUUCAUUUUUUUUUUUGUAUUUCCUGGAGAAAUUUAAUGUGUUGUUACGCACUUUUGCUUUUUAGGUGAUGAGAUGUAUGUAUGUACUCGGUGUUAAUAUCUACUGUAAGCGAAUAAUAUUAAAAAUAAACGUAUUGAAUAAAUUCA